GGAAAAUGAAGAUAUUACAUAUGAAAAAUAUACAAGUAUGAUGCAUGUUGGAGGAAUAUUAGCUACUGCACGUGAUCAUUUAUACUAUAUAAAUGCACUAAAAAAUGGGAGAAGUGAUUGAAGUAUUAAAUAAUAGGUAUAUGUGAAAACUUAAUAUGAGUAACUACCAGGAAAACAUAAAAUACUUGAUUCAAAGACCGAAAACGCCAGUGAUCAAACCUCCAAUGCAUCGUUCAAUGUUUAAUAAUUCUAUACGAAGGGAAUUCCAAUUAAACAGGGGUUGUCACCAAACGAUGGGCUAUGCUGAAGUCAAAGUCAAUGAACCGUCUGAGUUUUUAAAAAAAAAAUCCAGAAAAGUUAUUAGACCAUUUGUCGAAAAAACUAAAACAAGUGACAGAAAUCCAGUUCAGUGUCCACGAUACUCUAAUAAACCGUCACCGAAAAAUAAAAUCUCGAGAAAUUUUUUGCAUAAAAACAUUGUUGACGUAAUAAGAAAGGCGCCACCGUUACCAAAACAUCGUGUACAAGACAGUAGGAACGGACACAUAAUAGUUUUGGAUGAAGCCGGCUUAGAGCCUUUGUACGUGUUAAAGAAGGAUUUCGGAAAAUUACCCUUCUAUAUUGAGAACAUUUACAAAAACAAAGAAACUAUUAGGCAGGAAGAGAUCGAACGAAUAAGGGCGAUCAAACCGCCAUUGCGCCGUUUGCCUGAAGAAGAGCGUUAUGUGUUAUUAACAGGACUAAAGAUCAAUUGGGCUGAAUUGCACAAACAAUUUUUGUUGUUGCCGAUGCUCACUGAUUCAGUGACAAAAAUCAAUCGGAAAACCAAUUUGGAAAAUCAAUUAAGAAGCUUGGAAAAAGAUAUCGACCUUUUAGAAAAGUACCCGAACUUAUAUGUGUGUGAUGAAGACGCGUAGGCUUAGUCGUUUCCUCAAGUACCUACCUUUCAUACAUUACGUUAUAGGUCCCUAACUGUGUACGAAUUGUCAUGAUCGUUUUAUCGUCAGUAGUAAAUAUUCAUUGCAAUACACUUACUGCACUUUCUGUUGUUGUACUUGUCUCAGAAAAUAAUUUUGUAACUUGAAUAAAAAAAUACAACACAAGAAAUAAAGAUUUUACCUUAUGUAUGCAAUUCAA